AUGGAUGCUCAAGUAAUUAUUUCACUGCUGAUCCUUACGUUCGUACUCUGCAGUGUCAUAUACGAUGUCAAGUUAAGUCCCCAGGGACGAAAACUACAUUCGAAAAGCUAUCGAUGGCGACGUCUGCAAAAUUGGUUUCCCUUGGGUGUGGCCUAUGCUUCCUUUUACAUGGCUCGAUACAAUGUAUCUGCAGGCAACGUUUCGUCGGUCCGUAGCAAACUUGGCUUCUCGUCUUCCUACAUGGGCUGGGUAUUAUCGGCCGGAUCGUGGGCAUACGCCAUCAGCUCACCUUUCACAGGACAAAUCACUGAUCGCAUCGGGGGCAGGAAUGGCAUGCUUGUUGCGUGCGUAGGGGCAGCAGUGUGCAAUUUGGCACUCGGAAUGAUCUUUCUCAGCGACGCAUCCCAUCUCGUGACGAAAAUUCUCUUCAUUGUGUUUUAUGCAUCCAAUCUGCUGAUGCAAGGGUUUGGAACUAGCGCUGUUGUAAAGAUCAACGCGGCGUGGUACAUGGCUAGUGAACGUGGAAUGUUUGCUGGCGUCUUCAAUGUCAUGUUGACAAGCGGGUACUAUUUAUCACUGGGCACGGGAAGUAGCAUCAUCGAGUCCUUGGGCUGGGCGUACGUGUUUAUCAUUCCAGGAGCUGUACUUUUACUUAUGUCAGCAGUCAUUGCAUACGCUGUAAAGAGUUCGCCUGCCGACACAAAACACUUUUCAGCAGAUCAAUUGCCGGCUUGCUCGGCACAAAUUGAGCCUCAGUUUGUGUCUGUAGGAGAAGAGUUUGAGGAAGAGCCUCUGACACCGAAGCAACAGAUGAAAGAGCUCUUGAAGAAUUAUACCUUCCUCGGAUACCUCGCUGCUUUGUUUUUUCUCUGCUGGGUACGCGACGGAUUCCUCAACUGGUUCCUCUCCUUUUUCGACGACGUCCGUUCUGUACCUCUCUCGUCAAGUGAUACAGCUAUCAUCGGUGGUGCCUGGACUAUUGGAGGAUUUGUUGGAGGUGUUCUCUGUGGUUAUAUCAGCGACGCUGUCUUCAACUCGAAUCGGGUUAAGCCCAUUUUUAUUUUCUCGCUGCUGCAGGCAAUUGUUCUUGCAGUCAUUUACUUUGUGAGCCCAUCAUGCAGUGUAGCGACGUUGGGAGCCCUCACUUUUCUCUCGAGCGUAUUUAUAUUGGGCAAUUAUACCUUGCUGAGCUACACUGUGCCGACGGAUCUACCUCAAGAAAUUGCUGCAGGGGCUACAGGCAUCAUGCACGCAGUCGGGUAUUUCUCAACAGGUUUAUCUAGUGCCGUCAUGGGUAACGUCAUUGAUACCGCAGGCUACCUCGUGUGGGCAAAGUCUCUCGUUGUGGCGUCAAUACUGUCGGGUGUAUUUGUUAAACUAGGAUCUCAUUUUGCUGAAAAGGACCGGACAAUUGGAUUGAAACACCAACCGGUAGCAGACACUCCAACGAUUGAUACGUCCAACGAUACGUCGACUGCUUCAUUUGAAGAUGAUCAAUACUUUUUCGUAACGGAUACACCCAAAACCGCAGAAUCUGCCAAUAACUCACCACGGUCUCCAUGA